AUGGGGAAGAGCCGUGAAUGUACGGCAACAGUGUGUCGCAAUGGAGUCACACUGGGGAGCAUGAUAGAUGCAUUCCUACCAGCUGUUGCAAAGAUCCCGUUCUGGAAAGUCGGAGAACUAGCAAAAGCGAUAACUUUCUGGGAUUCCGAAGAAAAAUUGAAGAUGAAAGAAACAAUUCUGCGGAAGAACCCGUGGAACACACCCGUUGUAGCAAAGAAGGGAUGGCGGAAAGAGCUGUCCGCAUCAGCAGCAAGCGAUGAAAGAAUCACUUGGAAUGCCCAUGUAUUCUGGGUACCGAGGUAUAUUCGCGCAGCGAGAUCCGCUUGUGGAAGCAACCGAGGAGGUCCGAGCAAAAGUAAACCGAUCCAGAGGCGCGACAAAAGCAAGAGUUGCAAUAACUGGAGAAUCACGAGCGUGCACAUUGAGCAAAGUGCUGGUGGAAAGCGAGCACGUGGCUGUAAAAGCAGCCGGGAAGCAACUGCAGUUUAG